AUGGAAUUCUCUAAAGAUAUCUAUCUAUUGCAACGGUUAUUUGAGAAAAGACAAAAAACUCUUGUAGAAAUAAAAAAUUGCCAAACUGACAUAUUGAAAAUUAUUGAAAUUAAUUUUUUAAGUGAAAUAAACAUAAAUCUCUUAGAAGGCAUAUCUUCCAAUAACCAAGAAUUAUGUUUACAUGAUUGCCGAUUGGCAAAAAGGCCAUCUUCUAAGGAAGUUUUAAAUAUUAUUAAAGAAUGGAUUAUUGAUCCUUAUGUAUAUAGAAUUGAAGAUAUUAACGAAGGGUUAAAAUGCGAUGAUAUGGAAAUAAUGGAAUUUAUAAAUACACCAAUUGGGCAUAAUAAUCUUGCUACUAAAUCUCAUCCACAAGCAUAUUAUACAAGUUGUUUACUUUGA